AGCAAUGUCUUUACUGCGAAAUGCUGCUCAAUCAAAUCAGGCAAAACUUGUGGUUUGUAGGGAUGUUCAUGCUAGGUAAGCAAAGUAUUGGGAAAGGAAUAGCACCCGGUCGCUAAACCCCCAGACAUUUAACCAUGGAACUUUUAACAUGGGCAACUUUCCAUUCAGCCCAAAAUUCUGGAAAUUUUGGUUAAAAAUCAAGUGGAACAGGCCAUUUUGGUUUAGUCUGAGUGGAAUAUCAAGGACCACCAUUGAAAGUGAUCCACUUUGACCGGUCCAGUUAUUUUGGUCGGUUAGACCGAAAUGUCCCUUUCCAUUUGACAAAAUUGUUGUUUUCAGUACCACUCUCCUGUAUCCUGCUUACAAGGAGAAUGACCAAAUGCGCAGUGGCUUGGGUUGGGUCUGUGUAAUUGGAAUGUACCAUUCGAUAAAGAGGAAUUUCUUAAACUCCCAACUAGAAUUUCCGUGAAAUGGAAAGCACCACUGGAUAAAAAUCUCCUCUUACUUUGUUCUUCUUUAGGCAAGAAUUUACCACAUUAAUGGAGGCUCUGAAUGGAGGAAUAUCAUCCGCUGGUAUAACCAAUGGCACAGCUGUAAAUGGCUUCAUAAGAAGUGGUAGUUUUGGCAGUUCACGAGCAUCAACUCCUUCACCUACUAUGGGUAAGUGAACCUGGGAUAACCUUGUAUCUCUUAUAGCAACCUUGCACUCAUCAUAGAUAAGUUUGUGAACUUGUUCCUCUAACAUUGGCAGGAAAUAUAACAAUAACCAACUAACGUACAAUGACAAUGUAAACUACCCACAGCAACUCAGAAAGGAAUUUUGGAACUGAGCCACUUUUAUGACCCCAAUGAAUUAUUCUUAUUGUCUUGCAGGAAAACGCUCCUGGGUGAUGACAGCUGGUCAGAUGUCUCCCCUGGCAGGAGGUCGACAUGUUAGUCCUGUUCUUUCUCCCACAGGAUCACUUGACAGACCCUCAGCAAGUUUGCAGAGAAUGUACUCUAUGGAUCUACCAACACUUCCUGUUGGUCCAACUGUAGUGCAACAUCCUCCUGGUAUGCCUAUGGUUUUAAUUCAUUUGUUUUUUCUGUGCACCAAAACAAAAUUCAAGCCACUGUAGAGCACACAAUUAAAUUCUACCUCAAGUGCCCUCAAGUGCCCCACUUAGUAUUAUGGUAACAUGUAUGGAAGCAUUUUUCUUCCAGUUCUUUGGCCUGAACACUGUCUGAUUGGUUGAAGCAAAUUUCCUCAUGGCACAAUUAAUCACAAGCCCUACUGGCCAGAUCUGGGUAGUGAUAUUUAUCAGUAUGGAAUUUCUGCACUCAUUCCUCAAUGAUCAUUUUGCUGGGAAACCAGUUGUGGUGUUGCAAAAUGUUGGCUGUUUUCUCAGGCUACUAACCAAAUAUAACCAUCAGUCACUUUGAUUAUUGCCUACAGGGGCAUAUGAACCUCCCUCUUACAACUCCAGUCUUCAAAAACUCUCAGCAACAGCAAACAGAACACAGCAGUAUGCACGCCACUUCAAUGGUGCAACCCUUUCCCCACAGAGAUCCCCAGAGGAGAGGUCUCCAGAAUUCAAUGGUAACAGUCACCUGACUGUGGAACAACAAAGUGUUUCUUCAGAGGUCACUAAUGAUUCUGGCCUGCCAACUGACAGGCAUUCAACAAGUUCGUCUCCCACUUUAAUUUUUUUAAUUUAAGAAUGUGAUGUAGAAGACUAGAAGGACAUGGAAGGCCUGUCACUGGUGACGAGGGACAACAUAUCACCAAGGUACUGUUUGUACCCCGAGCGCUGAAGAUAAUCUUUUUUUAGAUAUUUAAUUUCUAUGUGGCAGCGACAUGCCCACGAUGUUGUUGUCAGGGUUGUUAGUUUAAAUACUGCAGUUGAAGAUCUACUGAUUGACAUAACUAGCACUGUAGCCAAGUCAUUAUCACUGGUUUCUAGAAGUCUACAAAAUACUGUAUUUUUUCAAGCAAAGCUGUAGCCAUUAUAAUGAAUGAAGGGUUUAGGUUAGACCAGCUUUUUCACAGCAGGCCUAAAGGUGUUUUCUUUUUGAUACUGCUCAGCUGGUGGCAAACCAUUUAUUUUGUCUUAAAAACUUCAGUCUUUUUUAGGGGAAAUUAUCACUGCCACAUGCAGUUUUAUUGUUUAAGUCUUGUAACCACGAAACAAUGUGGCACUAACUACUGCACUUCUGCACCUUUCAGUACCACAUGAACUCUGAAAUUUAAAGAAGCUUAUGUGAUGCUUUUUGCUAUCUUUUUGAAAAGUUAAAAGGUGUUUUUGCAUUGAAUACUAAAAGUAAUGGUCCAGUUUUGUUAUUUAAGGCUAAAUUAAUUUUUAAGUGUUGAGACUAUUUCCUGGUAGUUUGUUGAGCACUGUGAAUGGCAAAGAUGGACAUUGCUUGAAAUUUGAAAAAAAAUGGGCCAACUUUUUCAAGUUUUGAUACUAAUGCCUUCAAAAAUCACCAGAACACUUAAAGUGGAUUGAAAUCCACCAAUCACAAACCAUGACCUUUACCCUUCUUUUUUCUGUGAGUUCUGCUAAGAUGAUAGACGGUAGCCUGUAAGCAAGCUAUCCUGGGCGCUCUGGCGGCUGGGCGGGAAAAGGAAGGAGAGCUUGCAACUACAUCUCAUUCGCCAAUUCCCCUGUGGUUCCCAGUCAAAUGAGCUGUCAGAUUUCCAUCAAUCACCACAAAGCAGAAACAAGCACAAAUGUAAACAAACAUUGAAAAAGAAGUGCCUUGGUCAAUGACUGCAUUACUAAUGUCAUCUCUGCCAAUCAGCAUUUCGCAUAGACUUUUUCAAUGCAGAUAUUCAACUUCCAGAGAUAUAGUUGCAAGUUCUCUUCCCUUUUCCUGCCCUGCCACCAGAGUGCCCCGGAGAGCUUGCUUGCAGGCUAGACUGACAGCAGCAAAGAUUGCAAACGUUAGUUGGCUAUUGAACUUAAGAGUUUGCUGUAAGAGACACUUCAGUUUUACAGUUUCAAUGUGUUUUGAUGAAUAGAGGCAGGGAAUCAACUUGCAGCUUGACAUUUAACACUAUUUUCUAAUAUUUUAAUAUUGUUAUUUUUAGAUUACAGGUGGAUAUCAGAGACAGGCAUGAAACAGAAGUGAUAAAUAUCAAGAACUGUCACAGUGGAUUGGGUGAGUUUGUCUGCUUAUUACCAAAAGGCCUUUAAUUUAUCAUAAGUUCUUUGAAUAUACAUGUCUUGCAUACAACAAUAAAAUUCAGCGAUAAAAAAUUAUUUAUAUUUUCCUUUGUUGGUGAUAUCAUCUUUAAGCAUUGCAUUAAUAUCAAUAUUGUCACUUUGCAACCAGGAAUCAAGAUUGCUGGUGGAAAAUCAGCUCUAGGAGCAGAUUUUGGGAUAUUUGUUAAGAAAGUUCUUAGUGGAGGUGUUGCUGAUCUAGAUGGUAAGAAUAAGUCCUCAUCAUGAUUACAGAGUUGCCAGGAAGUUACACAAUAAGCCAAUCUAGCAUGUAAUUUAUUACAUGCUAGCUUGGCUUGUAUAAUGAUAAUGAUGAUGAAUGAUAAUGGUUAUCUAAUAUUAGAUAAGGCAAUCUGGUAUGUAAUAACUUGUAUUAGUAUAGGUAAUAGCAUGAUUAGUAGUGAUAUUUGGCAUAAAUACCACGAGUGAUAUUUCAAAACUGUUAUACGUAAUUUCACGAGCCAUUAGGCGAGUGAAAUUUGAGACAAUUUUGAAAUAUCACGAGUGGUAUUUAUGCUAAAUAUCACGUACAAAUCAUGCUAUUAUUUGUUUAUACUACUACCCGCUAAAGGUUUGUAAUUUCACAUGUAGGUAUUUCAAAUUAAACUGAAAUACCACUGCUCUAAGCCAAUCAAAUUACAGAAAUUUCUCAUGUAGUAGUAUAAUUAUAUAAAUACCAGGUGAGCUUUCACGCAAAAACAUAUAACAUGUUAUUUUCACAUGUGAAAAGAUCACCGUUGCUAUGGCUACAUAAUAAAUAGAGGCUUUUACAGCAAAAAAAUAUUUAAGUGAAAUGGUUUGGAAUUUCAUUGGUGUUUAUAUAAUAAAUAGAAGAUUAUAUGGCCGCUUGGAGAUACGAAAUUUCUCUGCGAGUGUUGAAAAAUAUUUCAUGAGUGAAUGCAGCGAACGAGUGAAAUAAUUUUCAACACUUAUAGAGAAAUUUUUUAUCUCCGCACAGCCAUGUAAUAUCCUCUAUUAAUUUCCUGGUUAAACAUAAAUAUCCAAUGUAACAUUAAUAAAAUACAUUAUAUGGACCCAGAUUUGCUCUUCAAGUUAUCUUGCUUGGUAUUCGUACUUUGCUGGUUUAACAAUGCAAGUUGUACGUUUGUCAGUGAAUAUUAUCUAUGAUGGUUCUUUUUUUUCAGGGAGGCUUAGAGAAGGUGACCAAUUGUUGGAGGUGAAUGGAUGCAGCCUACAUGGCGUGUCCAAUGAUAAGUAAGUUUAGCUUGAAGAAAGCUCCAUUGUCAAUUUCAAAUUAGAAAAUGGUGAACACCUGAAAUUUUUCAAGAAUGUUUAUUGUGUUAUGACCAAUCACAGCUAAAUAAGGACAUGUGGGUUUGUCAUAAAACCAUAAACUAAUUUAUACAUGUAUUUGGGGUUUAAUUUUUUAUGCCAUCUCAUAAGCUCUUCUUCCAACACAAAUAUAACAUUCCAGAAAUGUUUCUGUUAUUAUUCACAGAGUAAUAUCAUUGAUAAUAACCUUUUCAUUUUCUUACCUUUUUUUCACCGUCUUGAUUUGAUCUCCCUCUAUCUUGUCUUAUUCGCCAUUUGCACAUCCCCCAUAAUACAUCAUGUUUGCUCCCCCCAAAUUUUUGGAUAACCUUUGUUUUUCAUUUCUCCUGCGGGGCUCUUAUAGUACUGUGGGCAAUUUCAGGCUAUCACUCUCUCACUUUACCCUUUCCCCUGCCCAAAAAAAAAAAUCCAAGCAGCCGUUGUUUUUAGCCGGCUGCCAGCACUUAAUUAGAACCCUACUUCUUGUUAUUGAAGUUUUCUGAGGAGAAAUUAAAGGUAAUGCUCAUGCGAAAGUUUUGGGGAGCAAACAAGGUGUGCAAAUGGCGAAUGGUGUUGGUAUUCCCAACUCUGCCUGCAUCUUUUAGUUUUUCCUUUUCUUCUCUUUUUCAGAGCAAUGUCUUUACUGCGAAAUGCUGCUCAAUCAAAUCAGGCAAAACUUGUGGUUUGUAGGGAUGUUCAUGCUAGGUAAGCAGAGUAUUGGCAGAGGAAUAACACCCGGUUGCUAAAACCCCAGACAUUUAAGAAUGGAACUUGUAACCUGGGCAACUUUCCAUUAAGCCCAAAAUUCUAGAAAUUUUGGUUGAAAAUCAAAUGGAACAAGCCAUUUUGGUUUGGUCUGACUGGAAUAUAAAGGACCACCUUUGAAAGUGAUCCACUUUGACCGGUCCAGUUAUUUUGGUUGGUCAGACCGAAAAGUCCCUUUCCAUUUGACAAAAUUGUUGUUUCCAGUACCACUCUCCUGUAUCCUGCUUACAAGGAGAAUAACCAAAUGCGAAGUGGCUUGGGUUGGGUCUGUGUAAUUGGAAUGUACCAUUCGAUAAAGAGGAAUUUCUUAAACUCCCAACCAGAAUUUCCGUAAAAUGGAAAGCACCCCUGGAUAAAAAUCUCCUCAUACCUUGUUCUUCUUUAGGCAAGAAUUUACCACGUUAAUGGAGGCUCUGAAUGGAGGAAUAUCAUCCGCUGGUAUAACCAAUGGCACCGCUGUAAAUGGCUUCAUAAGAAGUGGUAGUUUUGGCAGUUCACGAGCAUCAACUCCUUCACCUACUAUGGGUAAGUGAACCUGGUAUAACCUUGUAUCUCUUAUAGCAACCUUGCACUCAUCAUACAAUACGUUUGUGAACUUGUUCCUCUAACAUUGGCAGGAAGUAUAACAAUAACCAACUAACGUACAAUGACAAUGUAAACUACCCACAGCAACUCAGAAAGGAAUUUUGGAACUGAGCCACUUUUAUGACCCCAAUGAAUUAUUCUUAUUGUCUUGCAGGAAAACGUUCCUGGGUGAUGACAGCUGGUCAGAUGUCUCCCCUUGCAGGAGGUCGCCAUGGUAGUCCUGUUCUUUCUCCCACAGGAUCACUUGACAGACCCUCAGCAAGUUUGCAGAGAAUGUACUCUAUGGAUCUACCAACACUUCCUGUUGGUCCAACUGUGGUGCAACAUCCUCCUGGUAUGCCUAUGGUUUUAAUUCAUUUGUUUUUUUCUGUGCACCAAAACAAACUUCAAGCCACUGUAGAGCACACAAUUAAAUUCUACCUCAAGUGCCCCACUUACUUUAUGUGCACUAGUAUUCUGGUAAAAUGUAUGGAAGCAUUUUUCUUCUAGUUCUUUGGCCUGAAGACUGUCUGAUUGGUUGAAGCAAAUUUUCCUCAUGGCACAAUAAUUGUUAAUCACAAGUCCUACUGGCCAGAUCUGGGUAGUGAUAUUUUAUCAGUAUGGAAUUUCUGCACUCAUUCCUGAAUGAUCAUUUGGCAGGGAAACGAGUUGUUGUGUUGCAAAAUGUUGGUUGUUUUCUCUGGCUACUACCUAAAUAUAACUGUCAGUGACUUUGAUUAUUGCUUACAGGGGCGUAUGAACCUCCCUCUUACAAGUCCAGUCUUCAAAAGCUCUCCGCAACAGCAAACAGAACACAGCAGUAUGCACGCCACUUCAAUGGUGCAACCCUUUCCCCACAGAGGUCCCCAGAGGAGAGGUCUCCAGAAUUCAAUGGUAACAGUCACCUGACUGUGGAACAACAAAGUGUUUCUUCAGAGGUCACUAAUGAUUCUGGCCUGCCAACUGACAGGCAUUCAACAAGUUCGUCUCCCACGUUUGAUCAUCCCGGUGAACUGCAGAGUAUUCAGAUACGGUUCUCAACAGGGCUUGGCUUGUGCAUUGUUGGAGGUACAAACAGACCUGACGGGCCACAUGUAUACAUUGAUGACAUCAGUGAAGGGGGAGAUGCUCACAAGGUAGGCUUGCUUAUAUCUGCGUGUAUAUUCUCCACUCUGAUCUCCAUACAUUUCCUGUGGUUAAGUUGAGGGGAAUUUGUUUAACAAUCAAGNUCCCCAGAGGAGAGGUCUCCAGAAUUCAAUGGUAACAGUCACCUGACUGUGGAACAACAAAGUGUUUCUUCAGAGGUCACUAAUGAUUCUGGCCUGCCAACUGACAGGCAUUCAACAAGUUCGUCUCCCACGUUUGAUCAUCCCGGUGAACUGCAGAGUAUUCAGAUACGGUUCUCAACAGGGCUUGGCUUGUGCAUUGUUGGAGGUACAAACAGACCUGACGGGCCACAUGUAUACAUUGAUGACAUCAGUGAAGGGGGAGAUGCUCACAAGGUAGGCUUGCUUAUAUCUGCGUGUAUAUUCUCCACUCUGAUUUCCAUACAUUUCCUGUGGUUAAGUUGAGGGGAAUUUGUUUAACAAUCAAGGCCUUUUUCACUUGAUAAUCUUUCUGUUUAUUUUUAUGACCUUUGAUGUUUGAUUAAUAACCAGUGAUAUUUUGUGGAGAAAUUUGAUGUUGUUUUGUCUUAAGGUUUCAAUGGUAAAUUUAUUUCCUGCUGUACCCUAUUCAACAGAAAAGAUUGAAAGAAAAGGAAAUUGUGAGAGUUUUGAUAAACCCUCACACGUACAAGUCGACAGAGGUGAAACUAGAAUUGGGGAGGGUUGCAUGCAUUUUUCAUAUUCCAAGUUUCUUUCCUUUUUUUUUUGGCUAUUGAUCACAUUAAGACUUUUGCUGUUGGAAAAGAAAUUGCUGUCAUUUGGCUCAACAGUAAAAACCCUAUUACUAAUUAAUUAUAUUUGCAAUUGCUGAUAUAAUUCAUUAUUACUGUUUUUUUUAAUAGUACUUUUAAAUUUGAAAUAGAGUAAAUUGAUGUGUUGUAUGGUUAUCUUUGUUGAAUUGGAACCUUUUUCAAAUCCUUUUUUUACAUUUUGUGGCCAAACUAAGGUAGACUUCUUAUAAAGCUGUGUGAAAUUUGGCUUCUAAUUUAGUCUACCAUUGCAUUGUUAAGUUAAGAAACAAUAUAUCUUGCACUCUGUGUUUUAACUAUUUGUUAAAGCUUAGACAGAGGUUUGUGUUCAUCCAAUCAACAGAUUUCCUUGGAGCACAAUUGUGGACAUCAAAGUCCAAAACUCCUCAAAAAUUAGAUUUAAAAUUUAAUUUGCAUUUUAAUUUGAAUUUCAUUUGAAAUUCAUGCUUUAAUUUCUGGAUAUUUCCAAGUACCUGCUAAUACCUGCUUAUGGGUAAAAACAGUAAGACACACAGCUUCAGUUGUAUACAUGAGGCAGACCUGACUUAACAUUGAAAAGCAAACAAAAACAGAAGGCUAUGCUCUCCUCUUUCAGGAUCGGAGACUCAAAAGAGGUGACAGACUUAUGUACAUAAAUGGAGAGACUCUUGUUGGAGUAACUCAUGAACAGGCAAAAUCUCUUCUCACCAGGCUCAAACUCAGGUAAAUAAAAAUUAUUGAGAUAUAAAAACACUUGUUGAAAGUCUGUUGAGUGGAGUACAUUUUGAAAGCAUUUUGAUGUCUUUCAGUAAAUGUUUGGAAAUUUAUUGAUGUGUCUUUUGUCAAUAAAAAUGAAGGGGAAUUGCAUGAAAGUAACACUUCACUGCUUGAUUGAUAAACCUGUGGCCUUAAUAGGCUAAAUACAAAAGCUUUAGUCAUUGUCACACUAAAAGGUAAGCAGAGAAACUUCACUGAAACCAUUGAAAGUUCAUAAAUCAGGUCUUUGAAGCGAUUGAAACUGUUGUAAAAAUGGUGAUGGAAAAGUAGACCAUACAAUAUUUUCAUUGGUAAUAUUACAGUGGUUUUGUGGUAAACACUUUAAGGCUAUGCUAUGAUGAAUUGGAAUGUUUCUAGUAGUUUAUGUUAUAACAAGAAAAAUAUGUAUAACUACCACUACCAUUGAUUGAAAGCUCUUUUCUAUUGAUCCAGUUAUUUUUUCUCACUAGAAUUAUUUUCAGAGCAGAGGUUUCUUGAACUUCAGUGUAUUUCAAAAAUCAUUUAGUCUGGAAAAUUGAUUCCACGGUCUGUGGUUUUUAUACUCAUCAGAUUGUAUAUUCCUGUUAUAUUUCUUAUCAGUUGUACUAAAUUAUUUUUGUCACCAUUAAACCAUUAACAAUGGUAUUACAAAAACAUUCGCGGAAUGUCUGGCUCUCUACCCAAGUUGAAACCUCAAGUGAACCCUUAAAUUUAUAUUGUUGAAUGAUGUUCAAGGGAUGAAGGUGUACUUGUUUCGUUUCCUUCUUUUUACCAUGUGCGUGCUGUUUCCUGUGUGGCAUUAUCAAAUUAAUGCUUCAAAGCUGGUUGAGAAGUAAAACAUGCCUAAAAGAGGAUAAUUAUUCUCUGUAAUUUUUUUUACAACGAUUUCAACUAUUUUUCCAGAGGACAAGAUGCUGAGGUUACAUUUAUACGUGGAGGAAUCAGACCUGGGAGUCUGACCCCGAAUGGAUCAGCAAGUCCCGCACAUAACAGUCCCAGAAGAGGCUCAGAAAAUGAUUUUCCCCACACACAACUGAAUCUCAAUGGAAUUGAAAACUCUAGCUCUCCACUGUCAUCAAGUAGAACUUCACAAGCAAGUGAUCCUGAUUUGAGUAACACUGAUAUUUUUAUGCAUGAACUUCUGGCAGGCAGCACUGGGCAGCUCGCUGACUCAGAAACAAGGGAGAGUACACCCAGCGUGGAGAUGUUUCAAAGCAGUCCACAGUCACAGGUCUCGCCUCCUGCUAUAUCGGAUGCGCAACCGGCAGUUUUACACCCUGUGUCGCAUCAAAUGCAGAGAAUGGAAAAUGGUGUAGGAACCCAGGCAGGUGUACAGAGUUCACACCUACAGCCUGUUAACGGCUUCUAUCAAGCACCAACAGCAAUUCCUCCAAGAUUAUUCAAUGGAGGAUUUCAGCCAGCUUUGUCAUCAACACCUACAACUGUUGAUAGUGUGCCAAACGGACUUGUUUUGAACCAACAGCAUGGUUCAUGGAAUGGUCAACCAUAUGUUAAUGGAGGUUUAGGAGGCCAACCUCUUGGAAAUCAUGCUGGCUUAAUUCCUGCUAAUGGUAUGUUUUGCAUCUGUACUGUACAGUACCGCAAAUGUACAGUACUCUCAAGUUUUUUUUGCUUGCCAUUGAUUAGGGUUGCUUUAAAGUGUAGUUGGGAUGAGGCAAAGAUUCUGGGAAGCUUUCCACCCACCCCUCCCCUCCCCUAACCCAACAUUAACAUUGACCUCCCACUUUGGGCAAAAUGUUGGUUGUGAGUGGAGGGGCAGUAGCUGGCUGUUCCCAGAAUUCUACCUUUAAUCCUGCAGUUUUUCUCUAUGGGUGUUAUUUACACUCUCUCUCCCUCCGUCUUUGGCUUCAACAUUUUCAAAACAGUUACCUUUGAAUUGAUUGUUGGAGUUUUAUUUUCGCUAGCAUUUUUUUUAGCACUUUAAAUGUUGUUGCAAACACUUUGUUGAUGAAGGUGACAAUGUUUUCUUGAAGCAUUAAAAAAAGAUUGUACUAUACAUUUUUAAACUCAUUUUUUGAUGCUAGAAACGUAUUGAAUCUACAUUAAUUUAUUAUUAUACAUCAAACGAGUUAUUUAUUAAAGAAUAAAGAUCCAAUAAAAUUAUUAUUGCAUUUCAAAACAUUCCUUAUUUUAGAUUUCAAACACAAACAAGUAAAGCCCACGAUAGAAUCAGUGUCAGUGAAGUUAGCCAAGUUUUCUUCUUUUAAACAAUUGAUGUGUAAAUGAAUAAGUGUUAGGAGGUCUAUCAUUUGCCAAGUUUAGGAAAAACAGUAGCUCUAUCUGAUUUAUUUAUUAAUGACAUGACACUAUCCUGCUUUGUAAGUGGUACAAUCUUUCUUAAAACACAAAAUAAGAGAGAAAAACUCAUUUACAGGCCGGGCCAGGUGUUUGGUUACAAAUCUUAAAAAUUUUACAUUCGUGACUGGCUUCCAAAAUAAGGUAAACCCACUGCAAUUUUUUCCAAGAAAAUUUUUCUCUUGAGUCAUCAAACUGGGAGUUUUAAGGUAUCAUUUUUUGGUGAAAAAUUCAAAUCAAUUAUUCAGGAAAUGCUCAGAAAUGUUAAGACGUUUAAAGAUUUAUUUUGAUUAUAUUUUGACGUAAACUUUUUUCUGCAGUGCAAAAUUCUUUUUAUACUAAAAUCAGUUUUAAUGUGACUAGUGUUAAGUGAUGUCUCGUACUUUUUACUAAGAUUGUGCCCCAGCCCUGUGCGUGAAUCGCUAUUAAUUUUACCUGGAAUUGUGUUCAGUAACCUUUAAAAUACUACAUUUAAGAGACGAAAGUCUUCUGCAGUGUUGAAAUUAGGCGUUCUAAUUAGUCAGGGGCACCCAGCGAGGAUAUAGUUCAAAACCACUUAAACAUAGCAUUUUUAAACGUAUUUUAGUAUGUAAACGGUAGAUAUAGGCACGUUUUUAUCUCCUUAAACUUUUUCAUCUGCUCGGAUUUUCUAGCUGAAAGUCUAGUGAUCCGAAAAUUAUAGGGAUCAGAAGUUACCUUUUAGAAAAAUUCAGCCAGAAAAAAGGCUCCCGAAAAUUCUAGGUGACCUUUUUAGGGUAAAAAUCCGUCAAAAAUGGGCAAUUAUACUAUUUUUUAGAUGUUCGAAAAUCCUAGGAGAGGCAGGCAAGCAAGAAAUUUUACAACUAGUGUUCCGAAAAUUCUAGAUCUCAAAUUGUCUUCCGAACAGAUAUUUUCGGAAAGUUGACGUCGGGUGCCCCUGAUUGGUAAAUGUACGAAGAUGAGUUACAGAAGUGGCUGUACCAGCAUGAUUGAAACAACUAAGCAGAUAACAAGAGGAAAAUUCGUUUUUUUAUGACACACUACGACUGUUUCUUUGUUUCAUUUUUAGGAGCUGGGUCUCCUGUACCAGGAGCACAGCCUCACCAGCUACCACUAGGAUCUCUGUAUAUCAGCCCCGUGCAAACAGCUUUUGAACCUUCGUCAGUACCAUACUACUUACAGCAGGACUUGGAAGCUCUGCAUCGAAUCUCGCAGCAGUACGCAUCACCACCUUUGAGCCUGCUGUCAGAUUCUGUUGGUCAGGGGUCACUUUUGACUACACAUGCACAGUCAUCUGGUAGCCCCAGAGUUAAACGACACGGUCGCGGAAGCCGACGCCUCUCUCUCGACCCUUACACCAAGCUUCGAGUAGAAAAACUUGAAGUGGUUAGUUCUAUCUGUUCUUUUAGUGCUGUUCAUCUUGUCUAUGUAACAAUUAGGUUUCCUGUUUUUAGAGAAGCUAGGGACUUGUUUUCCGAAAAAUUAAAGACUGAGAAAAUCCAGUUUUUUCCCCCGUUGCAUCGAAUGCGUGGAAAGGAGGCUUCCUUGCCUACGCGAGUGGCACCCGUAUCCAUGUUAAUGAUAGCGCCCACGAACGCAACAUCUGAUAGUCUUUUCUUCUAAAAAUACAAUUCCCCCUUUUUUUCUCCGUAUUCAACGUAUUCACUUUGAAAUGCAAAAAGGCACUGAACUUAUGGCAAGGCUAAAUUGCUUUAGAUUUGACAUCAAUGAAACGAUAUGAGACGAAGGAAGAGUACAGGCACUUUGGGCUAAUUUUAAAAUGUUAACAUGUCAUUAAAGAAAGCAGGCUUUAACUGCCAGUCAGUUGACGAAGACAUGCUUAAACACGGCGAAGAAUUAUUAUUUAUCUGAUACGAAUUGAACUUGUCGUUGUUUUUCAUGCUAUCAUUUCCAUGAAUUCUUUAAAGCAGGACUUGGCCUAAUAAAAAACGAACUGUUGUAAGGGAGGUAAAAUUUUACCUCGUCUCAGCUGCAUAAACAUGUAUUGUUCACCCUGUCAGUUCCCACUUUCUUUUUGUUAAAGGUUUCACCUGAUUUCUUAACAGUUUUAGUUUUGUAUGAUCCAUCCUUUGUACCUACUGUAUUGUUGAGCUAAGAGAUUUUUUAAAAUAUUUAUUCAGGCUUUGAGAUAUUUAGGAUUCAACCCAACUGAGGAACAACAGCGAGAAUUAAGGCAAAGAUUGCCUGUUGAUCAGGGUGGAUUCGUCUCCUAUGGAGGUAAGUUGAUCACUUAAUUAAGUGAUCGAUAACAAUCAGGUCCUACACUCGCACAUUGCCCUUCAGCGCAUAAACAGCGCAAUAGCUUGCGUAGUAAGGGUUUUCGCGCGAGUUCAUCAAGAAAGUUGGGACGAGAGCAAAAAAGAGGAAUUUUUUUGCUUCCGCUCUAACUUUCGCGCAAUAACUCGAUUGGAAACGCUUGCUACGCAGGCUAACAGCACAACUACGCUAAAUGAUCAGUGAGCUUACAACGGUGGGAUAACUACCCUGCAUUUGAAAGUCGUUCUCGCAAGUUUAAUAGACCAAUUCUGAUAUAUUACAAUCAGACUUGGCACCGAGGCUUAGGGGAACUAAAACAAAUUAAAAGAGGUUUAGCAAUGAAUAAUACAUUUCUUAAUUUUAUUCCUCCAAGCCUCGGAGCCAAGUAUGAAUUUUGAUGUAUCGAAAUUGGUCUACUCCCGGACAGUUGAAUCUCAUAAUUCCGAAUUAUGUAACUUAACGUCACUGAUGACUUUGUUUUGAUUUCAGAUUUUGUUCAUGCAGCGAGGAACGUGUUUGCUUUGGAACUGCAGGAUCACUCGCUGAGUACCUCAGCCGUUCAGUUUGCGAUACAAGAUGUCAAUGCUGCAGCAACCGCGGCUGAAAACAACGCGUUUGAAAAGGUUUGCUGCCAUUCAAUAAAUAUAUUGAUGAUGAUGAUGAUGAUGAUGAUUAUUAUUGUUAUUAUUAUUAUUAUUAUUACUGCUGAUUACUGUUUGAGUUGAUUGAUUGCGCUGUAAAAUUCCUUGCACUAACGUACGCGCACGUAAACUGCUAAAGACAAAGAUGAGAUUUCCUAGCACUCCCGCAAAGUUGUAAUCGUCCAUAAAAGGAAUCCUAAGUGGGGUGGAGUUGGGUAGCGAAGGCCUGAUCGAGUGUUAACUCAGUUAAUACUGAAAAGAUAAAAUCUAUUAAGUUUGGCUACCUUGUUUAAGAACUUUACACAAGUCAACACCCUGCUUAUGGCUUCUGAUGACUAAACUCUAGAGAUCUAACUAGUAAAAGAUUAGUACCCUGCUGAUGUGAGAAGAGUAAAAGAAAACAUACUUGUUUAAUCCGCUUUCCCUGUGCGUGAUACCAUGCAGCUGAAGAAAUUGUGUAUUUUCAGAUGCAACAGCAGUCGCAGCUAGCUUCCCUCGAGGCCAAGGCAAAACAAAGCGCGCAAAAUGCUGAGCGAAUUAGACGAGAAAGAGAUGAGGCUUUACGAGAGGUGCAACAUUUGAAGAAAUUACUGAAAAAGAAAGAAGAAGAAUGCCUGACCUCCGAAGAAGAGCUCAUGAAAGCAAGAAGGGUAAGAGCUCUGUGAGACGGAAAUAUUAGUUCUUGCCUUACGCCUUUCUCAAAAAGGACAAUUUUCAAAUUAGGCCAAGUGCAAACCCUUUCGAAAACGAGUUUUAUUUGAAUGAGAAUUCUAUCUUCAUGUCAUGGACUACACAGUUACCCUAUAAACUUCCUGGAACCUCAAUAAAAUCCCAUGCAUUCCAACCUUUGUAACUGAUGUUAAACAAGACCGAUUCUCACCCAUGAGGUUAAGAGAUUUUCAAACCCAAAGUAAUUACUAUGCCAAUCAGAAUGCGCGAACACUGUCAAAUUAACCAAUCAGGUCUGGAAACCAAUUAAUAAAGCCGGCACCAAGUAGGGGAAAUGCAAUCGCUGUUUUAAGUAGCUGGACAGGCUACGAUGAAUUGUGAUUGGUCAAAAAGUGGCGCGAGAUUUUUCAGUUGGAAAUAAACCAUAUCCAUACAAAACUAAAGCAAUUACUAAAUUUCCUUUCACACUAAAUUAAUUGAAACUCGCGGUAACAGUCAGUGUUGUAUGUACGCUAUAUACAAGAGCUGAAUCAGGAUCGUCUUCACUUUCCAGUGGAUUCGAAAGAUCAUUCUCUAUAUCUUGUUUGUUAACAGGACGCUCAAGGUCUUCUAGAAGAAAGCAGAUCAUUAGAAAAGAAAGUUUACCUGGCUUCAGAGGCUCAGAGGGCGGCUAAGGAUGUUGAACAGGAUUAUGCAGAGGUAAGCAGAAAGUAUCCUCUUCAAGCCGUGAUUUUAUUUACUUUCUAUAUAAAGUUGAUUUGUCAGAAAGUAUAUUAACACCUGGCCAACACCUGGUGUGAUAUGUUUACCGCGCUUGACACCAGCCGGCCUGCCACAGGGCCUUUUCGCGCUCUUUCCCGUGCAAUUCAUUGGUUCAUUGCCAUCACUGCGUAAUUCAUUGUCUUUUACCACUCUUUGCUUAAGUGUUGCUUUAAACGUAGAAAGCCUGACAGUAGCCUUUCUCUGACUUGUCAUAAUGAUGUGUUAUCUUCUCUUUAGGUCAUACGUCUUUUAGAACAAGAACUGGAUUCGUUGAAGGCCAAACAGGCUGAACCCAAACCUGAUGUGGUGAGUUCUAAUUGGCCAUUGGUCAUCUUGCUUUUCCCCAUAUCAUUUAAACUUAUAUUUACGUAAUUUGGCUCCGAUUAAAAGUACUUUUUAUCCGUGUGACUUGACGUAUUUACUCGUCCACCCCCUCCCCCCGGGAGGGGUUGUUUUAAACUUGGCCUUGAGAACACGGCACGGUUUUUUUGAAUAUGCACUUUAUUCGUGCCUGCUUUUUUUUAAGAUAGCAUUUUUGUUGCCCUUUCGUGAUAGCCGUGAAUCUUGCCCUUCAAAUUUAUGAUGAUAUAAAGCACAAGUAAGUGUUCUAGACCCGCCGUUCAACUGAGAAAACACUGUACUUCCUCGAUAACCAUUAGUUUGAGUCCUCCUAAUCUGUUUAAGUGUGAAUUAUUAUCGAGAAGUAAGUCGUUAAACUCCUCUCUGAGGGAAAUACUCCGUUAGUCUCAAGCCAGAGCUUACUAGUGUAUUCUUUGCUUUGCAGAAGGAACUCCAAGAGUUGCAGAAAAGAUUGGUUGUUCUCGGUUGUCAACUUCGGAAAGCCGAAGUCAGUAAACGAACGUACGAAGUGGCAACGGAGAGGCUGAUACGCUUUGCUGAGGUAGGCCUGGGACUAAGCAACACUCAUAAGGAAGCAAUCCUCCCAACUAACUGAUCCCUUCAUUUGUGUUGCAGAUGGUACAUGAAAAUUUAACCGAAGGAGCGUCGAGAAUGUAAGUGGUACCUUCUUUAUAACACUUUCGCAUCAACAGAUGAUCUGAGUAGAAUGAUGGAAAGCUUGUGAGGAAUUAGUGAGCGCAGUCGUACAACCAACUGCGCAUAAGUACAUAUCGACAUUCCAGUCCUAGCUGUAUGCAGGGUGUUUGUCACACGAACCUAGUUUAGUGGCCUGAACUCCCAUGAGUCUCCUGUAGCUCAGUGGUAGAGCAUCUGACCCGGAUUGUUCAAACGUUGGAUAGCGCUAUCCACUGGAUAAAUCACUAUCCAGUGGAUAGGUAUUAGGGAAAUCAAUUGCGUUAUCCACUAGAUAGAGAUUUGUCCAGUGGAUAGCGUUUUCCACCUUUUGAACAACUGGGGCCUAAUAACCCGAAGGUCAUUACUUCGAUUACAGUUGGGAGUAUUCGGAUUUUUUCUUUCGAGCCGUCUGUUUCACUGACUGAAAAAAUAUCUUUCUCAACACAUUCUAGUUUUACCAUCGUAUUUCUACCAGUGCCACGUAAAGCUCUCCAUGCGUUAACCCGGUACCCGACCAAAUUUUUCUUGUAAUGUAACCUCAUUUUUUUCGAAAGAAACUCAUCGUGGAUGCUGUAUUUUUUUUCCCGCAUGUUGUUUCCAGGCCUCCGCAGCGUAGCAAAGGAGAGUCAGUACGUCGUGAAGGCAGUUCUAAUCCAAAACCACCUACUUACCUAUCCCGUCAUGCCAAGUUAACACCGGCUUCACUCGCAAAGGAGGCUCGUGAGACUGUGAAGUCUGUCAAAACGCUGAUAGAGGAAGAACGUGAGUAUUACAACACUGUUUUAAAGCAAAUCUCAGGAGCCUGGGUGAAAGCCGCUUGAUGGCGGGGAAGGGGAGUGGGGGAGAGAGAUCGUUGUUACGCACCUGACAUCCCCCUCUCCAUUAAAACGUUUGACACGCAUGCUCUGAUUACAGAGACAACCAAUGAUUUCAAUUUCGCAGCUUAUUUUUACGAGUUGAUAUCAAAAAAAAUGGCAGCCGAAAAUAGAAAUAUAUGAAGUGAGUGUGAAAAUGGCUUGGUGCUUCGGUCCACUUCCCGUGUAAGUAAUCCCUGGACUCUGGAAAGAAAAAGACGAUUUGUAAUUCUGAUUUUAGUUAAUACCUCAGAGCGCAGCGCGUACGCCGAAAACUACUCUACUGGUAUACACUCUGCUUGUGGUUAACGCAGAGGUGCCGGAGAACAGGCCUAUCUGAUCAAAUAGUGCUGCCGUUUUUUGCCAAAAGUUGGCCGGUUCUGAAGAGGUCUUAUUCACUAGCACGGCACUCGAGUAGAAAGUUGUGUUUAUCUUGUAAUGUCUCUUACUUAUUUCCUCUCUUAUUUGUUUUCUCGAAUCAGCUCUUCCUUUUGGUUGGGAAGAAGCCUACACUACAGAUGGAGUGAGAUACUAUAUCAAGUGAGUGCAGAUGAGAAUACUUAGUCAUCGGCUCUUCUCGUAACUUUACCUUUUUUACACCCGUAGCUUGUUGCUUCAGAGCGUUUAGAAUAAGAACAAUCAAUAUAAUACCGUAGCAGUAGUACCGUAUCUACUGCGUUUUGCAUUGAAAAUUCGAAAAUUCUCUACCUAUGACUCAUGGCAGUUUCCCCUGAGCGGAAGGAAAGUCAGGUUUUGAGAAAAAAAAAUUCAUUUAGCAGAGAAUUCACUUUAUUUAGGAUUCAGCCCUUGUCUCAUGCCUGGCUAUCUCCUGGUGCACAAAAAUGUUUGUUUCUAAGCCAUAUUUUUGGGUGAGCGAAAGUUGCUUAUGUUUGUAAUGCCGUGGCCGUCAUCUUUGAUUUUAUCACUAAGGAAGAUUAGCGAGUGCAGAAAUCUCAACCCUUGGUGUAGGCAUUAAGGCAAAAUGAGGGGGAGGGGAGAGAAAAUUUUAUUCGGCUCUCUUCCCGCCCCUUGAGUCGCAGGACAAACGACAAACGAGCCCUGGCUAAUUUUAAUCAUAGAACCACUUUUUUAUAAUGUCAAAUUCUUGUAUUUUUGUUAUGCAGUCAUGUGACACAGCAAACAUCGUGGCUUCACCCUGUCAGCCAGGUUCAACAUCUCCCUGCGAUCAAAGAAAACGAAGAUGGUGUCCGAGAAACGCAAACGUGACAGCCAAUAAUCAGUAUCGACAAAAAGUAACUGUGACGUGAUAAUAUAUUACAGCUUACAGGUCACUUGGUACCCAUGUGAUAUGAUGGCUUGGCACAACUCGCAAAGCAACCAAGGAGACGAGCGCGGAUUGGGGCGUGGUUAAAGGCCCAAUCUAUGAUGCUUAUCAACCUUUACACGUGAGCAAACGUUUCACGUGUUGUACACGUGUUGGCUGAUACGACUUUACAGUGGGGAGCUCACGCAACCACGAGUCCACGACGACGACGACGGCAGCGAUAGGUUUUAUGAGCACAACUAUGUAGGUGCAUAACAUUUUACCGUCACUGCACGACAAUGACCUGAGAUCUCCUUACGCGAUCUUUUGUGAAAAGCAUGAACACUUGCCGACGAAUCAUCCUUUUUUUUUACCUUGAAUGCGGUCUUUUCUGUUCAACUCCAGCAAAAUUUGCCUUUAACUGUUAAGUGAACCGAGAAGAACUAAUCGCGAUGAAGUGAGAAGAACGCGAACUCGCUUUAUUAGUCACAUUUUCACUGCCGUUGCUGUCGUGGUUGCGUGAACUUCCUGGUGUUAGGCCAAGAAAGAAGACCGAUCAUAAAGAUCGUCUGUUGUCCCUAAAUGGACUUUCCGUACCUGCAGAUCCCUAUUGUAGUGAAAGGAAAUAAUAGCUAAAAGUCAGAUUUUAUAUAUUUCGCAUAUUUAUUUUAUCCUUCUUUCAAUUCUUAUGGGCUAGGCUUUUCAAAGUGCCAUAUGCAUAACGUUUUAAACAAAUUAAAUGAGAUAAACACGGUUUGAAAUGGGUAUGUGCUUUAUGUGAGCGAGACCACUUCAGAUUAUAAAUUAUAGUGUGACUCACUCAGAACUAGAACAUACACCAACUGCAUACCAAAGUGUGAUUAAGUAUUUUAUCUUGAAUAUUGUAUUCUAAAGUGAAUGUUAUGAGUUGCAUAGAUAGGUGUUUAAAUAUCAUAUACUUCUGUAAAAGAAGUGCUUUUUGUUGCAUUUUUAAGCUUUUGAAUUUAAUCCCAGAGUGCAGAGUGAUUCUAUGAAACGUGUAUAUAGUGUACUAGGCCAUUAUAUGAAAACUGGUGAUUUAUCAUUGGAUGUAUCUAUUAUCUUCGAGACGACUGUUGCUCCAUAUUUGUAAAUAGAAUCAAUCACAUUGCAUUCACGUUCAUUAUAAUCAUGUUAAGAUAUCCCAUUUCCCCCCACAGCAGAUCUGACUUUAUUUUUGUGAAAUUAAUAAUGAUGUCAGAGAAUAAUUUUGACAGGGGGGAGGUGUGGCUGAUAGCAGAUGUCACGUGAUCACCACUGAUUGAUUCACUCAUUCCAUGAAAAAGAGUCUUCCUUUAUGACAAGGGGAAAAGUAUGUGAAUAAAUGAUAUUGUUAUCUGC